GCGGUGUGGACUGGCACGCCGCCGCCUUUACCAAGCCCGCGACGAAGAAACGGGUGUCCUUCGACCCCGCGCUGUGGUGCCCGCGCAUCGACGGCGACCUGGAGAGCGUUGCGACGCAGGUCCCCGACGAGCUGUCCCCGUUCCUCUCCAGCUCGCAGGGCUCGCCCUGCCAGGAGUCCCAGGCCGCUCCCGACGGCGCUGGGCCGCCGACGCCGGCGGGCGGCUCCCCGCGGGGCUCGCCCAGCCGAGCGGAGGUGGCGCCCGAGCGGCCCGGGCCGGCCGCCGCGAGGGCGGAUCCCACGGAGGCGACCGUUCACGCCGAGGCUCUCCUGCCCAUGCGCAGCUUCUCGCACCGGAGGACCAGAUCCAACUCUGGGGGUUCGUUUGACUGCGGCCGCCGAGGCCUCGGCGCGGGCGCCGCGGGCGUGUGCGCGUGA